AUGAAUCAGCAACCUCUCUACCCAGGGCCUCGACAGCCUGCGCCCGUUUCCAAUGGCGAUCACAACUUCUCCCAAUCCAGACCUCAUACGAGGCAAGUCGAUCAGGAAGACAGCAACCAGUCCCGCGCCGCGCGAUUUGAAGAUGAGAAGAAGCGCAUUAUCGAAGCCUGCUUCAGCAAGCGAGAUCCCGAGGGGAUGCAACUCGAGUCAUACAUUACCCACGUCCGAGUCCUCGAAGAUGCUUCCUACCCAUCCUCACCUCCUCCGCCGGACUCUCCCCACUCCAACAAGAAGCACAGAGUCAUCCUUGUCGCAGUCCGACGCUCCGGCAAGGUCAGGGUCCACAAGGCUCGCGAGAACCCCAACGGCACCUUCUCCAUCGGCAAGACCUGGAAUCUCGACGAGUUGACCGCCAUCAUCUCCUAUACCUCCCUCAUGCCCGCGAACCCCCAGCAGCAGAUGGAGAAGCAAUGGGCUUCCAAUACUGGCUUCACCGUGUCUCUGGGCAAGCCCUAUUUUUGGUCCGCCCCCACUGCGAAAGAGAAGGAUUUCUUUAUUGCUAGUCUGAUCAAGAUAUACCGAAAGUACACAGGAGGAAAGCUCCCAGAUCUUAUAGGCUUUGCUCCACAGGAACUACAACAAAUCACUGGUGUACCAUUCACCCAGAGCACUCCUACUUCGAGGACCAAUUUCUCUCCGAUCGUGCCGUCCCCAACUCCUCCACCUGCUCAGACUCCGAGCCAGCCUGCUGCCGUACCAGCGCUCAGCGCGAACCGACCUCAAUCUCCAUAUGUCGCCCAGCCGCCUCCCAGCCGAGAUGGGAACCGAAUGGAGCUGCAAGACCAGAACAGGGCUCUUGGCCGACAAGAAUAUCGUCCACCGACGAGAGACAUGGCGCGGCCACCUUCUCAAGCCGAAGAACGGCCUCUGGGUUUGCCCCCUAGACCAAAUCGAGGCGUACCGGCGCAGGAGGGCUCUCGCAUACAGCCUUAUGUUGCUCCGAUAAAGCGUGAUGAAGCCCGUACGCCGUCGCUGUCCGACAGCCUCCAACCGGCUCCGCUGCGACCUUCCAUUAGCCCUAAGGCCUCUCAAUCGUCACUCCAGCGACCCGAGCCGGCCCUUGAGCCACCGCCUCUAAGACCCAAUGGUCUUAACGUCGCAAAAUCUAGCACGCCAGACUUUUCUGCGAAACGAGUGGGGCCCAUACCAGCUCAAGACUCAAACAGGGAUGCCGGUCGUGGCGAACCAUUGAGUAACUCCAGGCCGAGCACCGCAGCGAGCGAUCGCAGGGUGCCUGAACCCCCUCCUAGCCUUCCAGCACCUAGUCUUCCAGCACUUGACUUUGAGCUCUUCCCCGAGCGGAAGAAGCCAACCACCAUUGCGGCCGACCUCAAGCCCGAACAAGCAGCAGCGCCCCCAAGUCAGAGUAACAGUGCGUUUGUCACUCCAUUAGGGACGCCGACCGCAACGAAAGAGGAACAGCGGAGACCGGAUUACUUUGUGAGCGAAAAGGCUGCAGCCGAGAAUAAGCAGCCUGAAGCAAACGACAUUGUGCCACCAAAGGGCGUGUACAACGAAGUAACUACGUCAGAGCCCGAAGCUAUCAAGACUACAAAUGAGCCCGUUGCUCCAGGGCCAGUCGAGCCACCGCCCCCUCCAAAGGUUGAAGAGGAGCAUCGCCCUGGCCUUGGUCCUAUGAUCAAGAAGAGAUCCGGCAAGGACAUCGCAAAUCAAUUCAGAAAAGCUGCUCUUGCGGCAGGCGCAUUCCAGCCCCGUCAAGGCGGUGCGGGUGCGCGACUGAAGGCUAUGCAGGAGAAACUCUCCAAUGAGCCGGAUGGCAUCACCAGUGUCGUCCCAGCGCCACUGAAGAGAGGUAUGAGCUCAGAUGGUGCAAGGAGCGGAACCCCGGAUCAGGCCACCUCUGAAAACGAGAAAGACCAGCCGACACCAAAGCUUGCGCCUGUUGAGGCUCUUCCCAAAGUUCAAGUGGAGCGCGCUGCGACCUCGGACAGCGUCGCCAGGCCGGAAACGCCUACGGCGAGGCCUGCUCCUGCCGAGAUCGAAGAAACGAAAGAAGAAACAAAGGCGGAAUCCCCGGAUAAGGGCCGGUCAUCUUCGCCACAUAAAAAACGUCGGCAAAGGCUCGAAGCAGAAGUUGAGAAGCACUGCACAGCUUUAGGGAUCGAUCCACGGGUUACCGAGGGCCGUGGGGCAGAUUUGAACGAACUCUUGACGGAAUUCUCGUGGGAUGGGAAACUUGCAAACGAUCAGGUUUUGGACAACUUUGAGACCGACAUUCGCAGGGAGAUUGGCCGUGCCCAAGCCAGUGGUUGGCUCGGCCACGUUGAACACCAGGAAAUUAAGGUACAAGAGCUCGGAAAAGCAUUCGAAAAGGCGAUCGCCGAAUGUGAAGAGCUUGAUGGGCUGUUGACUCUUUAUGCGCAUGAGCUCGACACUCUGCACGAAGAUAUCGAAUAUAUCGAGGCGCAAGGACAGGGAUUGCAAGUGCAGACUGCCAAUCAGAAGUUGUUGCAGGCUGAGUUGCAAAAUCUCCUGAGAACCCUGACAAUAUCCCCUUCGGAUCUUCGCGCUUUGCGGCUUGCACCAAUCGACAACUUUGAAGGCGUUCAGGCAGUCGAGCGCUCAUUGACUUUGCUCUACAGGGCGAUGCUGACAAUCGAUCCAGACCUGCGCCAGAACAAGCUCCGACACACGGCCUCUGUAAACAACCGCACGGGGACGAGAACAAAUGCUGAUGCGGACCUCACCAAGAUGCGAGCGGUGCGCGAGAAGAAGAAGGAAUACAAGGACGAGAGCACAAUGUUCGUCAACCGCUUUAAUCAGCACAUGAAGGCCAUGUUCCAACUGGCCGAGCAGCGAACAAGUGAGGAAAAUGCUAGCGUUAGCAUUUCUUCUGGGACCUCAUCCUUCACUCUUAAUCUACGAGCUUUUAACGCUUCGCGGCAGGAGCUUUGGGUUUACAAUGCCAUGAUGCUUUUCGUGCGGGAGGUCAAUCAGUACGAAUGGCAGACAUUGAUUGGCAGCUACGAGAUCAAUCUCAAGACUAUCUACCAGGAUCAAUUCCGAGACUUCGCCAUGGGCCUCAGAAAGACCGCUAGACACCCUACGGGAGAGGAGCAAGAAAUACUUUUCACCCAUCAAGACAAGGAGAAGGCAGAGGAGUCCAAUCUUUCCUCGGCGGCUCGCAAGCUCACUGUCAAACGUGGCAGGACAGUCAAGACAAGUGCUAUGAGACAUUCAAUGAGCGAAAGACGAGACGGCAAGCCCGACGCCUGGGCUGUAUUCGACGCUGUCCUGGAGCAACAAGCUACGGCCAUUUCGGAAGAACAGAAUUUCAUUGUACAUUUCUUCCAUCUGAACUCGCAGUCGAAUGAGGAUUUUGCGGAGCUAGUACAAUCUCGGCCCCCUGAACAGCGCAAGCUGCCCAACCUGCAGGCUAGACAACCGUACGAUCCGGACCCUAACAUGGCCAAGAUCGUGCAGAGUACUACAGAAGGGAUCUACUCGUUCUGGUCUACAGACCUCCAGACAUUGAUGGAAUGGGUCUUCAAGACGGAUCCAUUACAGGGUGUGGGCGUCCUAGUCUCACUGGAACAAUGUUUGUCGAAGUAUGAGGAAACGAAUCAGCAAUUCAUCACUCGGACAGUAAGGACUCUUCACGAGAGGGUCAGCGGUCUUUUCUCCAGAUUCGUCGAUGAACAAGUCAAGGCGAUAGAGGAAACCAAGGUGAAAGUCAAGAAGCGGAAAGGGCUGAUCUCUUUCAUGAGAAUCUUCCCGGAUUUCAUGGCUGUGGUGGAAGACAUGAUUCCCCAGGAGUUUGAGCACCAUACAUCACUCGAAGUGCGCUUUACCGUCGAUAAUGCGUACGGCAAACUUCUGAAAGCCAUGUGGGAGUCUCUCAACUUCAUCGCCAAGGAUAACCCGGCGGCGAACUCUUCUGGUGGGACAACGACAGGGCACUCGAAUGCACCCGUGAGCGGCGACCCAGAAGACAAAGAGGCAUUGAACUAUCAUAUUCUCUUGAUCGAGAACAUGAACUACUUUGUCGAGGAAGUCAAAACGCACGGCAACGUGACCCUCGAAACAUGGGUUGAACGAGCGGAGCGCGAUCAACGAUCACACCUGGCACAGUACACGGAUGCAGUGAUCCGACGGCCACUGGGCAAAUGGCUUGACUUUGUGGAAAGCACCGAAGCCCUCAUGAAGACGAACGACUCGUCAUCGUUCACGUCGAUCGCGAACAAGCCAUCCCACUCGCGUAGCGCGGCGAAGAAGAUUCUCGGCAGCUACGAUGCGAAGGAGGUUCGAAAGGGCGUGGAGACGUUGAAGAAGAGGAUCGAGAAGCAUUUCACAGAUGCGGACGAUCCUGCGGCAACGGCAUUGGAGAGGCCUGGAAAGAAAGAUUUGAUCGGGAGGGUGUUUGAGGAAUGUGCAGUGAAGUACGCCCACGCCUACGACCGGAUGAAGAUGGUCGUGGACAGAGUCUACGAGGGCAAUUUGGAGAUUGAGUGGAGGAAGGAAGAUGUGCAGGGCAUGUUCAAGAGAUAG